AUGAAUGACCAAGAGGCAUUUGCUAUCGCCGUGGAGGAAGCCAAACUCGGUUACAAGGAAGGAGGAGUACCUAUAGGUGCGGCCCUGAUUUCUAGAGACGGGAAAUUGUUGGGCCGCGGUCAUAACAUGCGAGUUCAAAAAGGGUCUGCCAUUCAUCAUGGAGAAACCGCUGCACUGGAAAACUCCGGACGACUCCCUGCUUCAGCCUACAAGGGUGCCACUAUGUACACCACCCUGUCCCCUUGCGAUAUGUGGUAUGUGCUUCUUCUCUGCUUGCUUACUGGAGCUUGCAUCCUGUACGGAAUCUCAAGAGUGGUUAUUGGUGAGAACAAGACAUAUCUCGGAGGAGAAGCCUACUUGAAGCAAAGAGGAAUAGAGGUGGUAGUGAUGGAGAACGAGGAAUGUCGAGAUCUGAUGGAAUUAUUCAUCAAGGAAAAGCCCGAAAUCUGGAAUGAGGACAUUGGAGAAGAGGCGAGAGUCUACUCAAAGUCCAAGUAA